AUGGCAACAACGAAGAAACCUCGACUUUAUAAGAAUUGUCCGGCAGAAUACAACCGAGACGUACAAAACCCAUGUCGUUUAGGCCGAGAACAGAAACCUCAUUAUCAUUGCGAUAUUUGUAAAACAUAUACUGCUUUGAAGGUUAGUUUAUCUUGAUUAAAUCAGGCAACCAUUUCAUUUGUAAAAUGAUGAUAAGUAAGAACACGUGGAAAUAAGGGGAUUCAUUUUCUCUCUGUAAGGGUUAUGAGUCUUAUGAGAAGUACGAUGUUUUUUGGUUCGACUAUGGGGUCACAAUGAAUGACGUUGGAAGGCCACAAAUUUAUCAGGGUUCCCUUCCUUUCCACAAUUUUACGGCAGGCAAAGAGCAUUACCAGACACGUAGAAUUAAAUCAUGAAGAGACGCAUGCCUUGCCGACCUCAUCGAUGACCGCUAAAAGGGAACAAAUCAACGUCAGCCAGGUGUGUGUUGAUUGUCAAGAUUUAACAAAGUAAAGUAGAGGAGGAUCAAGUCAAUUAUCAUGGCCUAUACAUUCAAAAUAUAAAUGAUUUUAACUGUAGUUGACCUGUGACUGAGAUAAAUUAUCCACGGUUGUCUCAUACAAGGGUCGAUAUACAACUCAUUUCAUAAGUAUUGUGGAGUGCACAAGGCAAAUCUUUAAACAUAAAAGUUUAAGCGCAAAUACCCUAUUGGAAAUAUCAUCAAUAACAAAAACUUAGUAAGGAGUCAAAGUCUUCUUAGGA